UCCACAAAAAGCAGCAGUCUCCUCGACGCCCUCAUCAACAGACGAGAUGUCUCGGUGUCUCCCGGUUCUGCUGCUGGUGGCUCUGGCCUGCCUGGCCCGGUUCGGCUCGGCUCUGCCUUUCGAUGCCCAGGCCGAGCUGAAGAAAGCACAGACCACCCUGGAGGAGCUGAAGGCUGAGAGGCGAGUGAUGAAUGAGCGUUUGGAGGUGGCUGAGAUGCAGCUCAAGAGAGUUAGAGAUACACCUAAAGUUGCGUUCGCUGCCUCGCUGGGAGGAAACGGCCUCGUGAAGACGACAAACGGAAACAAAGAUCUCCUCUACAAGGACGUCCUGACCAACGUGGGUGGAGCUUACAACAAAGAAACGGGUGAAUUCACAGCACCGAUUCGUGGAGUCUACUACAUCCGCUUCACCGCCAACGCCCCCACUGACUUCACCAUGAGCGCUGUGCUCUACAAAAACGACGCAGAGAUCCAGCUGAUUGCCCACGAGCAGCCGUCCGGUUCGGGCAGCGACACGGCAUCCAACGGCGCUGCCUUCCUGCUGCAGAAGGGCGACAAGCUGAAGAUGGUGCUGUGGCACAACACUCAGAUCUGGGACAACAGCAACCACCACAGCACCUUCAGUGGCUUCCUGCUCUUCCCCAUGGUAGAUGAACCGCUGACAAACUUGAGUGUUGAAGACCAGCUGAAGGACCUUAAGGAGUCGCUGGUGCAGGUUCAGACUGAAAACUCGGGUGUCAAGGCAAGACUGGAGGCAACAGAGAAGGAGCUGAAGGCGAUCAGAGAUGAACCGAAGGUGGCAUUUGCAGCUUCUCUUGGAGGUGACGGCCUCCAGAAGACCACAAAUGGAAACACAAACCUCAUUUACAAAGACGUCCUCACCAACAUCGGGCAGGCGUACAACUCUGAGACAGGUGUGUUCACAGCCCCUGUUAAUGGAGUCUACUACAUCCGCUUCACCGCCAACGCCCCCACCGACUUCACCAUGAGCGCCGUUCUCUACAAAAACGACGCAGAGAUCCAGCUGAUCGCCCACGAGCAGCCGUCCGGUUCGGGCAGCGACACGGCGUCCAACGGCGCCGCCCUGCAGCUACAGGCAGGCGACAGACUGUCUAUGAAGCUGUGGCACAACACUCAGAUCUGGGACAACAGCAACCACCACAGCACCUUCAGCGGCUUCCUGAUCUUCCCCAUGUGAGGAUGAAGCUCUGUCUGAACCAAGACCAAAGUCUGGCUGAUGAAAAGUAAAAAUAAAGAAAAACUGAAACAUCA